CUUAUGGCACUCCCUUCUUUCCUACUAGUUGAGCUACGCCCACCGGUAUGAUCCCACCCUAAUGAUGAGAGGAAGGAACCAAGGAUUAUUUGAGAAGAUCGAGGUGCUGGUUUUUUAAAAAGAGACAUCUGGAACGACGCAAAAAAGCCUUCAAUUCUAUCCCCCGUUUCUUUUUGCGUAGAUCUGUUCCGGAUACCUUCCUGUUCGCUCACAGGGGCAGGAGGGAAGUACUAAAAAGCUAGCAUCUUUCAUCUCGUCCCUGAACAAGGAUAUCAGAAAAAAGAGGAUGGAGCAAAACGGUGCAGGGUGCGAAGCACCUCAGGCUCCCACACCAUGUGUCAACAACUGUGGAUUCUUCGGAACUCUGGCAACCUCUAACAUGUGUUCAAAGUGCUACAAGGACUCCAUCAUCAAACAAGAUCAAGCCAAACUCGUUGCCUCUUCACUCGAAAGCAUAAUAAACGGUAGUGAUUCUAUCUCGACUGACAAGGCAAUGACAAGUGUCACCCCACUUGCUGAGACCACCUCAGCGGGAUCGACCCUAGCAUCUCCCAGUAGUCCUUUGCUGGUGGACAAUAAUGGCAAGGGCAAGAAGGUCCAAGAAAGUGGUCCUAGCAGGUGCAUGGCUUGCAGGAAGCGUGUUGGGUUAACGGGGUUUGAAUGCCGGUGCGGGAAUGUCUUCUGUGGGGCCCAUCGCUACUCGGACAAGCAUGAUUGCACUUUCAAUUAUCACAAGGAAGCUCAGGAUGCUAUAGCCCGGGCUAACCCUGUUGUCAAGGCCGGAAAGCUCAACAAAAUCUAAGGAGGCUGGUGUUUUUUACUGUGCUUAAACAACUGCAAAAUCUGGUAUCAAAUGAAUUAUGUGACAUUUUGUCAUAAUUAUUCUAAGGUUUGGUCUCUGGUGCUUUUGUGCUUUGUUGGUCUCUGUUUGGUUGGGCACUUUGUGAUUUCUUUUUCUUUGUUUUAAUGUAGUUGCUCUUUAAAUUAAUCAUUAGUAAGUGUAGUUUCUUUAUCGAUAGCACGUGGUGUUUGUAGAUAUUAAGGUAUUUUGCUGUGUGGGAA